GCACGUGAUCAAGCUAGCAGCUGCACGUGAACGAGUCUCAUUUCAAAGCCACCUUUGCAUCCACAUUGCAACUGGUUUGAAAGAAUAACAAAAAAUGAAGUUUCUGAAACUCUUUGGACGUGCUAAAUCUGUGGUUAUUGGAAUGAUUCAUGUUCAAGCCUUGCCAGGCACACCUUUAGGAAGCAUGGUCAUUCCUCAAAUUAUCGAGGAGGCAUGCCACGAGGCAGAAAUCUAUCACAAUGCGGGAAUUGAUGGGCUGAUCAUUGAGAACAUGCAUGACAUUCCAUACACAUUCUCAGUUGGACCAGAGGUGUGUGCCUCUAUGACAGCGGUGUGUGCAGCGGUGAGGGGGAUCUGUCCGUCUCUGCCUCUUGGAGUUCAGAUCCUGUCUGCAGCAAACAGCUCAGCUGUUGCUGUUGCACUGGCUUCAGGUAUGGAUUUUAUCAGGGCAGAGGGAUAUGUCUUCUCACAUGUUGCUGAUGAAGGCCUUUUGAAUGGAUGUGCCGGAGACCUUUUGCGAUACCGCAAGCAAAUGCAGGCUGAACAUGUGCAGAUCUUUACUGAUAUAAAAAAGAAGCACAGCUCCCAUGCCCUGACUUCAGAUGUGAGCAUAGUGGAGACGGCCAAUGCAGCUGAGUUUUUCCUUUCUGAUGGUCUCAUCAUCACUGGAACAGCCACAGGGGUUCAGGCAGAUCCAAUGGAGCUCAGAGAUGUUGCAGGGUCUGUAAGACUCCCAGUUCUUAUUGGCUCCGGAGUGACCUAUGACAACGUGGAAUACUACCUUGAUGCUAGUGCAAUGAUAAUUGGCUCUCAUUUCAAGAGGGGAGGAGUUUGGGCAAAUGCUGUUGAUCCAGAAAGCGUAAAAAAAUUUAUGGGGAAGGUGCAUUUGCUUCGAAAUUGA